AUGGCGGUCUCGAUGAUUCAGUUAAUAGGAUUCAUGUUGUCUGGGCUGGGGCAGUUCUUAAUAUCAGCUGCAACAGCAAUGGACAUGUGGAGCCUGCAGGAUCGAUCUUUUACAGUUGUGACCAACAUUUACACAUACUCUGGUUUGUGGAACGUGUGCGUGGGGACGUCAUACGGUACAACGCAGUGCAGGCCUUAUUUUACCAUACUAGGACUGCCAGCUCUGCUCCAGGCCGUGCGGGCUCUGAUGAUUGUUGGAAUCAUUCUUGGAGCCAUCGGCGUCGUCAUCGCCAUAUUUGCCCUGAAGUGCUUGAAGAUUGGGAACAUGGAGGACAGCAUCAAGGCCACGAUGACUCUGACGGCUGGGGUCAUGAUCAUUCUGGCAGGAGUGUGUGGCAUUGCUGGGGUGUCUGCCUUCGCUAACUUGAUUGUGCAAAGCUUCCGGUUCACCACAUAUUCCGAUGGCGGCUAUGGUGGUGGUGGCGGGGGGGGUCUUGGUGGACUCUCAGGAAAUCUGACUCCGAGGUACACUUUUGGCCCCGCUCUGUUCGUGGGCUGGAUCGGGGCGGCUGUCCUCUUCAUCGGGGGCAUCAUGCUGUGUCUGGCCUGCCGUGGAAUGACUUCAGAGACGACCCAGCGGUAUGAUGGGAUGGCCUACAAAGCGCCCUCUCACCCCACGAUCUACAGGUCUGACACCAGACCCUCGUACAAGGCUCCCAGCGUGGACGGGAGGUCCAACCAGAGAUUUGACUACGUGUAA